CGACGGGACUCGGGAAAACCACUUGUGCGCGGCAUCGCCUCUGCUUCGAGCAAGAAACCCUGAUGAAAAUGCGAUCAUUCCCGUGGUGGGGGAUCGGGGAUGUCCCCGACGAACGGGUUCGACGACGCGAAACGGCAUCAAACACCACCUCCACGACUCAUUCCAUUGGCCUCCUUUUAUCUCUUUAUCUCUCUCUCUCUCUCGCCGUAUCAGCGCCUGAGUAUCGGCAUCAGUAUCGGAGCGUUACCGGAGCAACAUUCUUUCCUCGAUGUAGUCACCGAGCGAUGAGGACUGAGGCACCAUCGAUUUCACGCUUUUGUGCACGCCUAGUUCACGAAGUCAUUCAUCCGUCGAUUGGAUCCUCUCCGAGUCGUCAUCGAGAAGGUAAGCGAGCGACACCGUUCUACGAAACCAGAAGCAAACGUCGAUGCGAUCGAAGUGGGCAGACCGGUGCGGAAUGUGACCCUCUCGAUACCUUCGGAGACGCAGGAUGGGGGCCAGCGUUGGAAAGAAUUACACCAAGAACUACUACGAGAUAUUGAACGUCGGUCCAGACGCCACCGACGAAGACAUCAAGAAGGCCUACAGGAGACUGGCCCUCAAAUACCACCCCGACAAGAACGAUUCCCCGGAGGCAGAGGAGAGAUUCAAAGACUUGGCCGAAGCCUACGAAGUGCUGAGCGACAAGACCGAACGGAAGGACUACGAUCGAAAGAGGAAGAGCGGAUCCGACGUCGGAGGGUCCGGCGUCGAUGGAGCGUUUCGCGCGCCUCCGCACGAUCCUCGAGCCACCUUCGCCGGACUCUUCGGGGCUUCCGAUCGCAACCCCUUCGGGACUUCCGAUCGCAACCCUUUUGAAGGACUCUUCCGCGACGCGGGACCCAACGCGGCCGCUCGACGCAGCAGCACGGACCCCGACGACGAAAGCGAAUCCCCGGCCGUGCAGCACGACCUCCCCGUCUCCCUCUCGGACGUGAACCGCGGCUGCGAAAAACGCUUCUUCUUCUCCCGCCGGGCGACGGACGACGCCGGAACCUCCAGAACGGAGAAGAAACUUCUCCUCGUGAAAGUAGAGCCCGGCACGGAAGCGGGAACCCGGAUCGUCUUCCCGCGGGAAGCCGAUCGCCUCCCCGGAAAGACCCCCCGCGACGUCGCCUUCGUCGUCCGAGACGAACCUCAUCCGCUCUUCCGACGAGACGGAGCCGAUAUCCGGUACGAGGCCCACAUCACCCCCGAACAGGCCUCGUGCGGAAUGCGCUUGGAAGUGCCCACACUCGAGGAAGGAACGGUGACUCUGGACCUGACGGGCGAGGCGAUCGACCCGGGGACCAUCAAGCGCCUUCCCGGCGCUGGACUGCCCAAGCCCAAGGAACCGGGAAGGAGGGGGGACAUCCUCGUCGAGUUCCGCAUUCGCUCCCCGGACGGGGCGGAGUCGGGCCGCGAAGACAUCUCGAAGACGAGUCGAGACGCUCGCCCUCGCGAAGGACCCGGCGAGAAUCCUGCUUAGCUGCAAUCGUGUCGCGUUCUCUCUCUCCGUAUUUGUCGAUUCCUCCCCUGCAGGAUUCCAAUCAUCGUGC